AGCAUGUUGAAGCAGAACAAAAAUUUAAAUCAAUCCAAGAGGCUUAUGAAUAUUUAACUGUUAAUCACAAAGAACCAAAAGCCAGAAAACAAAAGACAACAACUCCAAAGAAAAAGACUUCAAAGAAAAAAGAUGCAUCGAAACCAAAAAAGACAACUAAUAAUAAAAAAUCUAAA